AUGUCAACAUUUACCGAGCAACCAGAGCCUUCUGUCGAAAAAAUAUCUAUUCUUAAUGAAGAAUCCAUUAUUUUAGGAUUUCAUUUAACAGAAUAUAUGAUACGAGAUAUAAUACUUAACAUUCCUGUAUCAACAUAUGCAUUAAUUACCGAUUCAAAUAUCGCAUCUAUUUAUCUUGAAAAUUUAUCAAAUCGAUUUAAAAAUAUUAUUUCAAAAUUAAACCUUUCUAAAGGAAACAAUGCAGUACCGCCGAGAUUUAUUUCUUAUGUAAUACCCCCUGGAGAACAAUCAAAGUCUCGUGAUACGAAAGCUGAAAUUGAAGAUUUCCUUCUAAGCCAGGCAUGUACUCGCGAUACUUGUAUCAUAGCAUUUGGUGGUGGCGUGAUUGGGGAUUUGUGUGGUUUCGUUGCUGCUACUUUUAUGCGUGGUGUACCGUUAGUUCAAGUUCCAACAACUCUUCUUGCAAUGGUAGAUUCGUCUAUAGGUGGUAAAACCGCGGUAGACACUCCUCACGGAAAAAAUUUGAUUGGUGCAUUUUGGCAACCUAAAAGAAUAUACAUCGAUAUAAUUUAUUUAGAAUCAUUACCUGAACGACAGUUUAUCAAUGGUAUGGCUGAAGUAAUAAAGACUGCCGCAAUUAAUAAUGAAAAUGAUUUUGUAAAUCUUGAAAAUGGUGUUGCAAGUAUUCGUGAUGCUGUACUAAAUCCUAAAAGAGAUGUUCCUUUUCAAGGAGCAACAUUAGAAACGCGCACGCCAUCUCAAUCCCUUCUUCUUUCUGUUAUUCGUAGUUCUGCUGAGUUUAAAGCCUAUGUUGUAACAAAUGACGAGAGGGAAAGUGGUCUUCGAGGUCUUCUCAAUUUUGGUCAUUCGAUUGGUCAUGCGAUAGAAGCUAUUUUGUACGAAGUUCUCCUCCAUGGAGAAUGCGUAUCUAUCGGUAUGGUUAAAGAAGUGGAACUUGCAAGAAGUCUUGGGCACCUAAACCAAGUAUCUGUGGGUCGAUUAGUUAGGUGUUUGGAAAGUUAUGGUUUACCUGUCUCUUUAGAUGAUAAAAAAAUUCAAAAAAUGAUGGGUGAUAGACGAAGUUCUGUGGAUAAAAUAAUGGAAUUCAUGAAAAUUGAUAAAAAAAAUGUAGGGGAUAAAAAGAGAAUUGUGAUACUCACUGGAAUUGGAAAAACAUUGGAACCAAAAGCUACCUUUGUUCCUGAUUCCGCCAUAAGAAAGGUUCUUUCACCUGCAGUUUCGAUUGUUUCGGUCACAUCUUCAUCUAAUAUCCCUGAUCAUGUAACAAUGACGACUCCAGGAUCAAAGUCUAUUUCAAAUCGUGCCUUGGUGCUCUCAGCACUCGGAACUGGUACUUGUCGACUUAAAGGAUUGUUACAUUCGGAUGAUACGCAAGUUAUGUUGGUUGGUUUACAAAAUCUUGGUGGUGCAAAAUUUGAAUGGGAAGAUGAGGGUGAAACUUUGGUAGUAACAGGUGGUGGUGGUAAUCUUAAGGUUCCUGACAAGGAAAUUUAUCUCGGAAAUGCUGGAACAGCUGCCAGAUUUCUUACUACGGUUUGUACCUUAGUUUCCGCAGAGACUAAGAUUGAAACAAGAAAGAACACUAUUAUAACUGGAAAUUCGCGUAUGAAACAACGACCGAUAGGUCCUUUAGUGGAAGCACUUCGAGAAAAUGGUUCUCAAAUUCUUUACCUUGAAAAUGAGGGCUGUCUUCCACUCGAAAUAGCUCCGUUGGGAUUGCGUGGUGGUGUUAUUAAUCUUUCUGCAUCUAUAUCGUCUCAAUACGUCUCAUCUAUUCUUUUAAGUGCCCCAUAUGCCAAUGAACCGGUAACAUUGAGUUUAACCGGAGGUCAGGUAAUAUCUCAGCCCUAUAUUGAUAUGACAAUUGCAAUGAUGGAUUCUUUCGGUAUCAAAGUUGAACGUCUUGAUGGUAAUGUAUAUCGGAUUCCAAAGGGUUGUUACAAAAAUCCCAGUGAAUAUAUUGUAGAAGCAGAUGCUAGUUCUGCCACGUAUCCGUUGGCAAUCGCUGCUAUUACUGGCAUCACAUGCACUCUACCAAAUAUAGGCUCAACUUCACUUCAGGGUGAUGCUGCGUUUGCCGUUAAAGUCCUCCAACCUAUGGGAUGUACGGUUAAGCAAACUGCUACAAGUACUACAGUGAAAGGACCCCCGAUUGGGUCAUUGCGUCCAUUACCACAAAUUGACAUGGAAACAAUGACAGAUGCAUUUUUGACAGCAUCUGUUUUAGCUGCUGUUGCUUCUAAUAAUGUUGGAGGUGAAUGUAUUACUCGAAUUACAGGCGUUGCAAAUCAACGAGUUAAAGAAUGCAAUAGAAUUGCUGCUAUGGUCAAUGAAUUGAGUAAAUUUGGUGUUACAGCAUCUGAGAUUCCUGAUGGGAUUCAGAUACAUGGUGCCAACAUUCAAUCACUCAAGGGUCCAGAGGAAGGAGUUAAGUGUUACGAUGACCACCGAGUAGCAAUGAGUUUUAGUGUGCUUGGAUGCGUUGUACCAAAUGGUACGAUUAUACGUGAGAAAAAAUGUGUAGAGAAAACGUGGCCAAAUUGGUGGGAUGAUUUGGAAUCUAAAUUAGGUAUACAAUUUGACGGUUUAGAUAUAGAAUCCGUGCACGAUUUAUUGGUAAAAGAUGAACCUAAAGUUUCCAAAGACAAAUCAUUGUUAUUUAUUGGAAUGCGUGGUGUAGGAAAGUCGUUUCUUGGAAAGAUCGCUGCUAAUGUAUUAAACUUUCAAUUUAUCGAUUUCGAUGAUCAUUUCGAAACCACUUUAUCCAUAACAAUACAUGACUUUGUAGAAAAACAUGGAUGGACAGCGUUUCGUGAGAAAGAAUUUGAGAUUAUCGCAUCAUUGCUUCAAACUUAUCCUUCAGGCCACGUAAUCUCCUGCGGUGGUGGAAUAGUUGAAACCUCAUCCUCCCGUGACCUUUUGAAGGCAUAUAUACGCGAAAAGGGGAUAGUUGUACAUGUAGUAAGAGAUAUUAAGGAAGUAGAAGAAUAUUUGAAUAGGUUAAACAGAGAUACAGCUCGUCCAAAAUAUGGGGAGGCAUUUCUUGACGUAUGGAAACGACGCGAGGGAUGGUAUAAAGAGUGUUCCAAUUACGAAUAUGUUUCAAUAACCGCUAAUGAUGAUCCAUCAGUGUGGCAUGAAGAAAAAAAUUUUAUUCGAUUUUUGAAAUUUAUUACUGGACAUGACACCAACCAGGUUAAUAGUGAACAAAAAAAUAAGACUUUCUUUGUCUGUCUAAUGUAUUCAGAUAUGAGUUCCGAAUUACAACAUAUACCUACAAUAACCCACGGCGCGGACGCAAUUGAACUUCGGGUAGAUUCACUUUCUAACAACUCUCAGACAGGAUCAUUUGUAGAUUAUAUUUCAAAACAGCUGACACUUUUAAGACGUUCAUCAACACUUCCAAUCAUAUUCACCGUCCGCUCUCUAGGGCAGGGCGGUAAAUUUCCUGAUAAUCAGGAAAAAGAAAUGUUCUUUCUUUUGGCACAAGCAUUAAAAUGGGGUUGUGAAUAUGUUGACGUAGAGAUUUGUUGGCCUCAUGAUUUAAUUUCCAAUUUAAUCAAAAAUAAGGGACACACAAAAAUAAUUGCCUCUUGGCAUGAUGUGAUGGGUACUGUGAAAUGGGAUAAUGAAGAGAUUCAUCGACGUUACAGAACUGCGGAAGAAUAUGGUGAUAUCGUAAAACUAGUUUGUCGUGCAGGAUCUAUUGUAGAUAAUUUUAAAUUGCAGGAGUUUAUUCGGUCAUUAAAAACACGCACAAAACCAAUAAUUACGGUCAAUAUGGGUUUUGAAGGACAAUUAUCCCGUGUGUUAAACGAAUUUCUUACUCCGGUAACCCAUCCUCUAUUACCUUCGAAAUCAGCUCCAGGCCAACUAUCAGUCUCAGAAAUCCACCAAGCUUUACAUUUGAUUGGCCAACUUCCAAAAAAGAAUUUUUACCUUUUUGGAACGCCGAUAUCUCAUUCUAUGUCACCGGUUAUUCAUAAUACUGGGUUUGAAGUUCUCGGUUUACCACAUCAUUAUGAUUUGUUUGAAAGUGAGAAUGUUGAAGAUGUUAAACCUAUUUUACAAGAUCCUCAAUUUGGAGGUGCAUCAGUAACGAUUCCUCAUAAAAUUAAUAUAAUGAAAUAUCUUGAUCAUAUUUCUGAACACGCAAAGUUAAUCGGUGCGGUAAACACUGUUAUUGUAGAAAUUGAUUCAAACGGUAAUCGUAAGCUAUUUGGUGAUAAUACAGAUUGGUUAGGAAUUUUCCAUUCAGUAAAACCUUUAUUAAAAAUCGAUUCUACAAGUUCAGGUUUGGUUAUUGGUGCGGGAGGAACAUCAAGAGCGAUAAUAUAUGCUCUUCAUCAGCUUGGUGUAUCAACAAUUUAUGUGUACAAUCGUACACUUGCAAAAAUUUCUGAUUUGGUCACUCAGUUCCCAACAUACGGAAUUGUUCCUUUAACAUCACUUUCUCAAGCACUACCACAAUCCCCUCAGAUAAUUAUUUCCGCAAUUCCUGGAACUUCAGAUAUGGAGUUUCCGGAUGAAAUAUUUCAAUUUGGUAAGGGAGUAGUUGUUGAAAUGGCAUAUAAACCAAGAAGAACAAAGUUACUAAAAAAGGGAGAGGAGAAAGGUUGGAUUGGAAUUGAAGGAAUACAAGUGUUAAUUGAACAGGGAAUUCAUCAAUUUAAAAAAUGGACAGGAAAAAUAGCACCCAGAAAUAUUGUCGAAGAAAAUACUUUAAAAAAAUAUAAAGAAUAA